ACCCUUUUUUUUUUUUCUCAAACAAAUCAGGGAUGAGUUUGAUAACUCCAAUGAUACGGUGAGUUUUUCCCAACCGUUAAUUCCAAAUCAAUGGUGCAUAUUUAUUUCCAUUGGAGAAAAAUGUUAUUGAAGCAGGUGGGUGUUAUUUCCGUGGUCUAAAGCAAAGUGAAUUAGACUUAGAUUCUGAUUCUGGGAUUGGAUGGAGCUAGGCCUCAUGGAUAAGAAUCCAACGAAGCUGGAACACUUUGAUGACAUGUGGAGGCUCGAAUCCACUGCCACACUAUUAUCUCACUUGAAGGGGGAUGAUGGUCGACAUGUCUUGACAUUGGAUCGUACAAUAUUCUAUCCGCAAGGUGGUGGUCAACCUGCGGAUACUGGCUUUGUACUCAUUCAUGGCUUUGAUAACAACAAAUUUCUGGUUUCUGAUGUUCGGUCCAAAGAUGGAAUUGUUUUUCACUAUGGUUUCUUUGAGAACCUGGGCGGGGAAUUUGAGCCUACACUCGAGAAAGGGAAGGAGGUUUCACUCUUUGUUGAUCAGCCCAGGCGAAAACUCAACUCCAGAUUGCAUUCAGCAGGACAUUUGCUUGAUAUUUGUUUGCCAAGAAUAGGAUUGGGAAAUUUAGAGCCUAGCAAAGCCUACCAUUUUCCUGAUGGGCCUUGGGUUGAAUACAAAGGUACAAUUUCACAAAAUGAAAUGCAGAGUAAGCAAAAGGAUUUAGAGCUGGAGGCCAAUGCAUUAAUUUCCAUGGGAGGAAAAGUUUCUGUUGAUAUAUUACCAUAUGAUGAAGCUGCUAAGCUUUGUGGUGGGUGUCUUCCUGAUUAUGUUCCCAAGGAAAGCACACCUCGCAUUGUGAGGAUAAGAGAUAAUCCUGGCUGCCCCUGUGGUGGUACUCACGUUGCUGACAUUUCAGACAUCAAACAAAUUAAGGUUUCUCAAAUUCGCUCAAAGAAGGGGCUGACAAAAGUCUAUUACUAUGUUGAAUCCUAGUUAUAUGUGGCUGAGUCUGGUGCCAUGAAACUGCUAUUUGAGCUCCAUACUGAUGACUACUCUUAAAUAAACAUCACAAGAAACUAGCUGAAUCAGUAUUUUGUAUAUAGGUCUCAGUUGGAUAAAUUUCUCUAUAAAUACUUACAGAAGAAGAUAAGAAUAUAAAAUAAAUUGAGUUUCUCUUCUGAGUUCUGAGUUAAAA